CAUCUGCAGAGGCCUUGAAGAAUCAGACUGAUCCAUUUCUACAAUCCCUCUCUCUCUCUUCUUUUCUGCGUCGUUUCUUCAUGGACGUCAGAGGUGUGAGUGAGGUUUUACUCAGUAUGGUGAGAGAGAAGCUGAACAGUGGGGCGAGAGACUACAGCAGUGAGCAGGACGCCGCGGUGUGAAAGGGCUGCUGGGUAAUACCGGGACGGAGAGAUGGAGCUGAAGGUCUGGGUGGACGGGGUGCAGCGAGUCGUCUGCGGUCUGUCCAAAGAGACGUCCUGCCAGGAUGUGGUCAUCGCUCUGGCUCAGGCUAUAGGUCAGACGGGACGCUACGUUCUGGUGCAGAAGCUGAGGGACACGGAGAGACAGCUCGUCGCUGAUGAAUGUCCUCUGGAAUCUCUGUCCAAACUGGGUCAGCUGAGCAGUGAGGUGCAGUUCAUCCUACGGAGGACCGGACCCACCACCAGCGAAGGUUCUGACCUCGACCGACACUCGUCUUUUACUGGACUUCAGGAACCGGAGCUCCCGAAGAGGAAGGAGCCCAAAAAGGCCCUGACCUUUAACCUGGGACCGAAUACCUCACCACAGACUCGAAUUAAACACUUUAAAAAGGUCCAAAAAGAUUCUCCGGAGCUCAGAGCGCACCCAGCCCCCCAACAACCCCAACCCCAGACCCAGUCCGGCCUGUCCAAAGAGGAGAUAUUCCGGCAGGUUCUUCAGCAGCAGAGCCGCCUGCAGGCUCUCCAGGCUCAGGUCCAGACGGUGGAGCAGCAGGUAUGGGUUAUGGAACAGCCUCCACCUCCAGCCCUGUCCCCGGACCUGCUGGAGGAGAUGGACACUCUGGGACAGGCGUUCCGCUGUAACGAGGCGGAGCUGGCUCACGGGGAGUACUGGGAGUCGGAGUAUCUCGCCGAGGUUCAGAGGGAGCAGAACAUGCUGAAGAAACUGAAGGAGAUCCACGCGGCUCUGGACCAUAACAACCAACGGAUCCACGAAACCGGGACCCAGCGAGGACGACUGGAGCGAGACGUCCAUCUCCAAGCGGAGAACAGGAAGAACGGUAUACGGCAGGGACAGGUCACCGCCGAGUCCCUGGGGCAGGCGAAGGGACAGUUAGACACGGUACUUCGCCAAGGGACUGAACUGGACUCGUCCCUCAAAGAGACGGAACACGCUCUGAAGAAAGCUGAGGAGCUUCUGCAGGAUAAGAUUAAAGAGCUGGAUGAGCUGAAUAAGGAGCUUCGGCAGUGUAACCUGCAGCAGUUCAUCCAGCAGACCGGACCUCCGGCCCCGCCCAGCGUGCAGCCCGACGACCCGGACCCGUCCGACCAGACGCCUGACGGACAGAGUGAUGAAGACUCGAACCCCUCAGUGCUGGAGUUUAACCCCCGCACCACCGCCAAGCAGAUCCUGGGGAACCCCCGCAGCCUGCAGAACCCGCUGGUCUCCAGCCUCCAUCCUGAGGUCGUGUCGGCGCGAGAGGUGUCGUGGCGGUAAAGCUGGAUUACGAGGCUGAGGAUCUGUUCACUGUUCACUUUAUAUCCUGUUUUUAUGAUUCUGUUGUUUAAUUAAGAAUUUAUUUUAUUUUUAUCUGCAGAACCAGUGUGUGAGAAACGUGUAAGCUUAAAUACUUAUAGAUGUAAAUAUUGUUAUCUUUGUAAUUAUUAUUGAAUAGAACAAGACAACUGUUGAAUGUAUUUUAUAGAACAUGUAGUUCUGUUCUGUUAUGAUUUUUAAACAUAUAUCUAUAAACUAUGUCCUUUAUUAAAGAGUUAAUGUAAUUUCUGAA